AUGACGAAUAAUCAGCCUCGGACAACCCCGCCGUUCUGGUCGUCUUUCCAGUCGCCCUCAGUAAGCCCUCCGUCAGUGAGGACUCCGCUGCUACAGCCCGUACCGAGCACAGCGGACGAGGUGCCGUUCUGGCGGCACAAGCUACCUCGCGCGGCAUGGGCAUAUCCGCUAUAUGGAAUCUACUACCUCCUCGCCAACCCCGCGCUGCUCCCUCCGCUCCUCUCGCGGGUCGUCCCCCUCCUCAUCCUCUCCAUCCUGGUCCUCACCAUCAUCUUCACCUUCCUGUACCUCCCACAGGUCGCUAUCCUCCUCUUCUUCAACGGGCCCCUCGCCUUCGCCAACGCCGCUAUCCUAUGUCUCUCCGAAGCCGCCGCCAUCAUAACCUUCGUCGCCGAGAACUUCAUGACAGAGGAGAAGAUCGUCGAGACAUUCGACGGCGUGCUCCUCACGGAGGCCGAGAAGCUCCCCGCGGGCCUCAGACUGCACAUCUAUGGCCUCAUUGCCCGGUGCCGCGAGCUGCACUUGGGCAGUGAGGGUGCGCUGGAGAAGCUCGGAAAGCAUAAGGAGAGCCCGUAUCUGAGGUUCUCGCUGAGGCUAACGGUCGAGUUUAUUUUGGAGCUGCCGCUGAACUUGAUUCCGCUUGUGGGGCCGCCGUUGUUUAUUGUCUUGCAGGGAUACCACCUCGGGCCACUAUCGCACUACCGCUACAUCCAGCUCGUGGGCCUUUCCGACUCGCAGAAGAAGCAGUUUAUCGCCAUAAACAGAUGGCGCUACUGGCUGUUUGGGCUGGUGCAUGUCAUGCUGCAGAUCACGCCCGUGCUGUCUAUCCUGUUCCUGUUCACGUCCGCGGCCGGCGCGGCGCUAUGGGCGGUUGAGGACCAGAAGCGGCUGUGGUUUGGUAAUGGCGCUGGCGCUGCGGAUCCGGGCGCGGAGGUGGGGAGCGCGGGGUGGUGGAAGAGGAUGGGGAGGGUGGCGAGGGGUGGGGGGAGGGUCGCGGUGGGCGGGUUGAGGGGUAUGGCGGCGGGUAAUAACUAA